AUGUCUCCGAACGUCGAUGAAAAGACCAAAGACGCCGAUGUCCGGCACACUGGUUCUUCUUCUUCCAGCGAUAAUGCGAACGCCGCUGGAUUUCUCCCGGCCACAGCCGGUGUCACUAAUGUCGAUGCCGCUUGGAAGUUCCUCAACGAGCAUCGAGAUGCUCAGGGUGUUGAGGAAGUGAAUCUUACCAAGUUGCGACACAAGAUCGAUUGGCAUAUUGUCCCCCUCAUGUUCUUGUGCUACACCAUGCAAUUCCUCGAUAAGGUUAUUCUCAACUAUGCUGCUGUCAUGGGAAUUAACAAGGACCUCAAACUUCAAGGCAACGAUUUCUCCAACGUUGCUACCUUCCUCUUCGUUGGUUUACUUUGCUUCGAAGUCCCUAACAUUUAUUUUCUUCAAGUAUUCCCUGCUGCCAAAUGGCUGGGAGUCAAUGUCACGCUCUGGGGCAUAGCUACUGCCUGUGGUGCUGCUGCUCACAACUACCAAACCUUGCUUGUGUCUCGUGUGUUCCUUGGUAUCUUCGAGGCAACUAUUGCCCCGUCCCUGAUGCUCAUUAGCAGCCAGUGGUAUACCAAGUCCGAGCAAGCCCCCCGUUUCUCCUUUUGGUAUCUUGGUCUGGGUCUUGGCCAGAUUGUUGGCGGUCUCGUCUCUUUCGGUUUCCAGCACAUGUCACCUACUGCGGCGCUUGCUGGUUGGAGAACGAUGUUUGUUGUUCUGGGAUGCUUGACUGUGCUUUUCGGCAUCUGCACUUUCCUCUUUAUUCCUGACACUCCUAUGCAAGCUAAAUGGCUCUCCAACACCGAGAAGGUCGCGCUUUUGAAACACGUCAGUGUCAACCAGACUGGUAUUCAGAGCCGCAAGUUCCGCAUCAAGGAGAUCGGCGAGGCUCUCUUAGAUCCCCAGAUUUACCUCUUGGUUCUGUCCGUUGUUUUGCUUUCCGUUUCCAGCGGCGUCGUCACCACCUACUCCGCUACUUUGAUUCGCAACAUUCUGUCCGAUGAGUCUCCUACAUGGGCUCCAAAGAAGGCCGCCUUGCUGAACAUGCCAUCCGGUGUUGUCAGCAUCUUUUUCACUCUGCUAGUCGGCUAUGGUAUCCGCAAACAGUCGCACCGAUGGGCAUGGAUCAUCGCCUGUAUUAUUCCUGCCAUCAUUGGCGGUGCCUUGAUGUCAUUCUUGCCAAAGACUAACAAGUCUGGUCUGCUGGCUGGUAUCUACCUCGUCAACGCUGUCGUUGCACCUCUCACCAUCUUCUACAACUGGACUGUCGCCAACUGUGCCGGCGCCACGAAGCGGGCUUUUGCAGCUGCUAUUAUUUCGGGCUCCUUCUCGCUCGGCAACAUUAUCGGGCCCCAAACUUUCCAGGCGCGCGAUGCCCCUGACUACCGACCCGCCAAGCUGGCCGUCAUGGGUACCCAGGCCGGCUGUGCUCUGACAACCUUUCUUCUGUUCCUCUACUAUGUCUGGGCCAACAAGCGCCGCAACGACCGCAGCAAGGAGACCGAGGAGCAGUACUUGUCUCCCGAGGUUUGGGCUACCUUGACUGACAAGGAGAACAAGCAAUUCCGAUACACCUACUAG